AUGGCGCCGGUCACAUGGAGUGUGUAUACAACAUGUUUAACCCUAUUCAUGGUGUGUGUUUUAGUUACAUACCACGGCAGUGAGGCCGCAAAGAGGUGUGCGAGGACAUCGGGGACCCUCGAUGUCGAGGAAUUCAGGUCUGCCCCACCGUCAAAAAUAAAGGAAAUAUUGGAAGCGUAUUUUGAAAGUAGAAGGCCAAAUAAACCUACAUACAGUAGACAAACAUACACAUGUACACCACAGGGCAAGUCGUGUCGUCCCAACGGUAGUACUCCGUGUUGUGGUACCAUGGGAUGUUACAAAUACAACGGUGAGAAGUGCGUCGGGGGUACGAGGUGCAUGUGCAGGAACCCGCUUUAUUCCAUCGAUCCUGGCUUUUAGGAUCGGCCGACAAAAAAAAAUGUUAUUACAAAAGAACUCGCCUUACGGAUGAAGUGACAUUGAACCAGUUUAUAGUCAUUAUGAUACAUUCCCACCAAUUUACCGACUCUAUACACAGCAAAAACUGUGGUGUUUAUCGGUGUACAUAGAGGACCACACCAGUUAUUUUACACCGGUG